UCUCCUCUCUCACCUUCUCUCUCCUCUCCUUCUCUCCUCACCUUCUCUCCUCUCUCUCUCUCUCUAUCUGUGUGAGUCUCAUCUGCUGCUCUUUUGCCCUUUGAUCUUUCUCCAUUAUUGGUUGUACACACACACUGCACAGAGAGAGAGAGAGAGAGAGAGAGAUAGAUAGAUAGAGAGCAGAGCCGCGGGAAGCAGCAGGCACGGCCACUGCCCCGGUCAGUGCUCGCAGUGCUCGCGACAGUCCCCGGAUCUACCCUACCCAACCAACGAGGACACGCUACACGGGAGUCCCGGAGUAUCCUUUCGUUCCAACGAAGAUAAGGAUACACGUUUCACCCCACAGACCUGAGAAGGAGAAUGUAAAAGAAAAGGAAAAUGCCUCGGAAAAAGCAAGACCAACCGCAGCGCUUAGGGCUACAAUCACGUAAGUGUAUUCGAUAAUACAGCUUUCUGCUCUGUUCAGUGGAGCGGUAACCAGGGGCGGAGAGGUGAAACGGGGAAGGGAUACGGUAGCAGGAGAGGGAGAUGAGCGGUGGAAUACCGUAGCCUGAGAGGUCUGGAUCUACUGUACCCCGGCAGCUCGCGGGCGGCAGCCAUGUUGUGAACCGAGAGAGCUGGAGCGGGUGCGCAAGCCGUGACCGCAAGCCUUGACCGCGGGGCCGGUGGAUCAAUAACGGGAUGGGGAUAAGGCCCCGGCGGCAGACACAGUCACAGUAGAAGAAGAGAUGAGCUGUGUCAGUGAUACAGAGGAAAGAACACACCCCUCCUCCCCCAAACCUCCCCCAUCUCUGACCUCUACACACCCCUCCUCCCCCAAACCUCCCCCAUCUCUGACCUCUACACACCCCUCCUCCCCCAAACCUCCCCCAUCUCUGACCCCAACACCCACCUCCUCCUCCAUCCCUCUGACCUCCAACCCCCUGGACCACAACACUACCCCAACACCCACCUCCUCCUCCAUCCCUCUGACCUCCAACCCCCUGGACCACAACACUACAGCAACACCCACCUCCUCCUCCAUCCCUCUGACCUCCAACCCCCUGGACCACAACGCUACCCCAACACCCACCUCCUCCUCCAUCCCUCUGACCUCCAACCCCCUGGACCACAACACUACCACAACACCCACCUCCUCCUUCAUCCCUCUGACCUCCAACCCCCUGGACCACAACGCUACCCCAACACCCACCUCCUCCUCCAUCCCUCUGACCUCCAACCCCCUGGACCACAACACUACCCCAAGACCCACCUCCUCCUCCAUCCCUCUGACCUCCAACCCCCUGGACCACAACGCUACCCCAACCCCCACCUCCUCCUCCAUCCCUCUGACCUCCAACCCCCUGGACCACAACACUACCCCAACACCCACCUCCUCCUCCAUCCCUCUGACCUCCAACCCCCUGGGCCACAACGCUACCCCAACACCCACCUCCUCCUUCAUCCCUCUGACCUCCAACCCCCUGGACCACAACGCUACCCCAACACCCACCUCCUCCUCCAUCCCUCUGACCUCCAACCCCCUGGACCACAACACUACCCCAAGACCCACCUCCUCCUCCAUCCCUCUGACCUCCAACCCCCUGGACCACAACGCUACCCCAACCCCCACCUCCUCCUCCAUCCCUCUGACCUCCAACCCCCUGGACCACAACACUACAGCAACACCCACCUCCUCCUCCAUCCCUCUGACCUCCAACCCCCUGGACCACAACGCUACCACAACACCCACCUCCUCCUCCAUGGUCGUCCAGGAUCGAGGCCUGGGUCUGGGGUUAGGCCAGGACACCACGGAUAACCCUCUGGGAAAGGACCUGUCCCUCUCCUCCAUCCUGGCCCUGCUGUGUGGGGGGAACCCUCUCCAAGGCCUGGGUAGAGAGCUAUCUUCCAGCCCACCCUGUGCCCUGGAGCCCGGGGUUACGACCCUGGGCGGAGAGGGAAGGAUGAAGGGAGGAAGGAGAGAAGGAGGAGAAGGAGGAGGAGGAGGAGGAGGAAGAGGAAGAGAGGGAGACUCUUCCCCUCCACUGGGUUUACUCCCAGAUGUCCCUCCUCUCUCCCAGCAUUCUCUGCAGCUCAGCGCCCUGGCCCAGAGAGUAGCCAAGAACUCCUCCUCCUCCUUUUCUUUCACACUCUCCUCCUCCUCCUCCUCUCCUGCUGCUGUCUCCUCUAAUCAGCAGGUGUCUGGGUGUUCCUCCAGGGACUUCCAGGGGAGGCCGGCAGGGCUGGAUGUGUGGCCCAGCCUCGGGUGCUCCUGGGCGGGUAAAGAGGGCCGCCUAUCCCCUGACUCUGCCAUCCAGAGGCUAAGGGCAGCAGCAGCCAAUGCUGUGCUACACAACAGGACCACGGCACCCUCCUCCUCUUCCUCCUUUAUCCCCUCUUCCUCCUUUAUCCCCUCCUCUUCCUCCUUUAUCCCCUCCUCCUCUUCCUCUCUCUCUUCCUCCUUUAUCCCCUCCUCUUCCUCCUUUAUCCCCUCUUCCUCUCCCUCCCUUUCUUCCUCUUUUAUCCCCCCCUCCUCUCCCUCCCUCUCUUCCUCCUUUAUCCCCUCCUCCUCUCCCUCCCUCUCUUCCUCCUUUAUCCCCUCCUCCUCUCCCUCCCUCUCUUCCUCCUUUAUCCCCCCCUCCUCUCCCUCCCUCUCUUCCUCCUUUAUCCCCUCCUCCUCUCCCUCCCUCUCUUCCUCCUUUAUCCCCUCCUCCUCUCCCUCCCUCUCUUCCUCCUUUAUCCCCUCCUCCUCUCCCGCCCUCUCUUCCUCCUUUAUCCCCUCCUCCUCUCCCUCCCUCUCUUCCUCCUUUAUCCCCUCCUCCUCUCCCUCCCUCUCUUCCUCCUUUAUCCCCUCCUCCUCUCCCUCCCUCUCUUCCUCCUUUAUCCCCUCCUCCUCUCCCUCCCUCUCUUCCUCCUUUAUCCCCUCCUCCUCUCCCUCCCUCUCUUCCUCCUUCAUCCCCUCCCUCUCUUCCUCCUUUAUCCCCUCCUCGUCUCCCUCUCUCUCCUCCUCUAUAGCUGCGGCAGGUGCAGGGUUGCAGGAGGGCGUGUGUCUGACCCUGGACUCCUCCCCCAGCCCCCUCUCCGCUCCCUCCUCCUCCGCCAGCUCCGCCCUCACUGCCCUGUCCCAGAAGGUCAACCUGCGAGGUCAGGGUUCGAAGGUCACCGGGUCAGAGGUGACAGGCUCAGCCCAACAUCGCUCUACCUCCCCCUACUCCUUCCUCUCCUUCCUCUCCCCCGCUCCUCAGUCUCAACUCACAGACCAGAGCUCCUCCAGGGUAGUGGAGAACCAGAGGGGGCUGUUGCCAGAGCUUAGCCCCAGAGAGGAGAACCAAACCCGGGCAGAGAACCAGGCCGUGAUCUCUUCACCGUGUAAGAACCAGGGCUCAGCCCCUCCUCAGUCCCAGGUGGAGAUGCCCAGUCUGGAUCCAUUACUGUUCACCAACCCCCUGGGAGAAAUCAACCCUGGAGGACCAGCAGGUGUAUUCCAGUGUUCAGUGUGCGGUCUGCGGAUGAAGAGGAAGAGCUACUGGAGAAGACACAUGUCAGUUCACACGGGGUUAAAGAGCCAACAGUGUCAGCUCUGUCCCUUCCGGUGCGCACGCAAGGACAACCUGACAGCACACAUGAAGGUUCACAGGCAGCAGGAGAAAGGGGAAGAGUUUCAGUGUGACCUUUGCCCUUUCACCUCACUCCGCCUCUUCAGCCUGAAGCUGCACAUGAGACGCCACCAGAGAACUAACGCCAGAGACACAACCACUCCCACGCAGGAAACACACACGGAGAGAGACCGCGAGGGGCAGGAGGAAAGAGAGACAGACGAGGAGAGGGAGAAGGUGGGAGAGAUGAAGAACGAGGAAGAUAGAGAGGGAAAGAGCCAUUCCCCUGAGCAGGCCGUGUUGAAGCCUGGGUGUAGAGUACAACUCUCCCCCAGACCCCUAGACAUUGUUCUCUGCUACUCCUCCAGUCAAACUCCUCUGUACCCUGCUACUGUGAAGCAAGAAGCCUUGGAGGGAGAGAGGGAGGGAGAGAGGCAGGGUGAGAGGGAGGGAGAGAGGCAGGGAGAGAGGCAGGGUGAGAGGCAGGGCGAGAGGCAGGGAGAGAGGCAGGGAGAGAGGGAGGGAGAGAGGCAGGGCGAGAGAGAGGCAGAGAGGCAGGGUGAGAGAGAGGGAGAGAGAGAUAAAGAAGUCUGUGUGAAAGAGGAGCCCCAAGAGAGGGAGUUCUCAACCCCUCUCCUCUCUCACCGUCUCUCCCCCCUCCCUCCUUCUCUCACCCUCAAGAGGAACAGGCGCAAGGCCAAUACCCCCACUGACUCCCCCUCUCCACCCCAACGCAGAACACACACACCAAACACACACACACCCAGCCCCCUCACACACACACCCCUCACACACAUCCCCAUCAUGAUUCCCAUGGCGACCUCGCUCUUCAGCCCUGACAUCAACACUAAGACCGCCUCUGACCUGCUCAUCAAACUCUCAGCAGCCACCCAGCAGGCCGGGGUAGAGCCGGGGUAUGUAGUGAAGCAGGAGCCCCAGGAGGAGGGCCUGAGCCCUGGGCAGCAGCAGCAGGCAGGUGAGCCUGGUCUGGCUCUCUCUCCAGACGGGCCUGGGGCUAGUCCUGAGCACCCCACCUCCCACCUCACCCGACCAGAGGAGGAGAGAGAGAGAUGCCUGCUGGAGCAAGACAUCAGUGUCACUGUGGCUUCUGAACUGCUCAGGAGACUGUCUGAGAAGCAGGAAGUGGUGGUCCAGGGUUUAAAGGUGAAAGAGGAGGAGGAGCCUAUGGAGAUUGACCCUCUGACCCCCAGCGUGACACCUGACCAUGUCCUGACCCCAGGGGAGCGAGCGGCGCCCGGGAGGGGUGCCCCUCUCCUCCCUAAAGAAGAAGAGGAUAUGUUCCAGAGAGAUCUCUUCUCCCAGGACAUCUCCGUCAAAAUGGCCUCUGCUCUCCUCUACCAACUGUCAGAAAAAGUCUGCAAAGCCAACGAGCUGAAAGGAAACGGAUCCCUCUCUAGUCCUGUGGUGGAGAAGCCGUUUACACACACCCGCCCGGACCAGCGGGAGCCUACUCAGCCCUCCCCAGACAAACCACAGCACGUAGUCAGUAGGUAUAGGUGUCCAGUGUGUUCGCACCAAGCCCAGUGUCAGAGGAGUCUCAACCAUCACCUGGCCUCACACACUGCUAAGACACACACCACCUGCUUCAACUACUACUACAGGUGUCACGUGUGCGGGUUCGAGCUGGAGGGGCGGAGCCUGUUCCUUGGUCACAUGACGGAGCACAGCGAAUGGGAGCGCGAUGCUUUCACUCUCCGCUGCAGUGUGUGUGAUCACUCCACCAGUGAGGAGCGAGUCAUGAGGACUCACGCCAGCUGUCACACACCUGGAGAGGCAGCGAGACAAGACUACCUACAGACACACCUGUUGGGAGGCCACACCCAUAAAGACUUACCUGAUGGGAGAGACAUCCCACAAUCUGGAGAGCUCAGGUGCCCUCUCUGUUCGUUCUCCACCAGUCGGCCUGUCUCCAUGGUAACACACAUGCGCUCUUCCCACUCAACGACGGAUCAGCACUGCUGCCGCAUCUGCCAAAGGUCGUUUUCGGGGCAACCGGAGCUCCAGGCCCAUGUCAGGUGUCAUCGUCAGGGCAACCAGUACCGCUGCGAGAGGUGUGGCCACCUGGCCCGAACAGCCAAUAAGCUGAUAGAACACGUGCGUGUGCACACGGGGGAGCGACCUUUCACCUGCGACCUCUGCCCUUACAGCGCCAAACGACGCGACAGCCUCCGUCUGCACUGCCGACUCAAACACCCCGAACACACACCCUCACACACACACACACCCUCACACACACACACACCCUCACACGGACACACACACGGACACACACACACACCCUCACACGGACACACACACACACCCUCACACAGAAACACACCCGCAGGACAGCAUAUGCACCGGUCAGCCCUGAAUCCCCUCUCCUCCUCUUCUCUCUCUUCCUGGUUUAGGGGGUCAGACCUUUCUCCUCUCGUCCCCCUCACCACCCUGCUCUCCCUCAGACCCCUCUCUAGCCCCAGACCCUCCUCUCCCUCCCGCUCUUCCUCUCCUUCACCCAAACUCUCUUUCCUGGCCUACCUAGGUCUGACAGAGCCAACCUAAUCAACCUCCCUCCUCCUCUACCUGCCUCCUCCUCUCUACCUGCCUCCUCCUCUCUACCUGCCUCCUCCUCUCUACCUGCCUCCUCCUCUCUACCUGCCUCCUCCUCUCUACCUGCCUCCUCCUCUCUACCUGCCUCCUCCUCUCUACCUGCCUCCUCCUCUCUACCUGCCUCUCCUCCCUCCUCCUCUCUACCCCUUUUCUCCUCUCUACCCCUUUUCUCCUCUACCUGCCUCUCCUCCCUCCUCCUCUCUACCCCUUUUCUCCUCUCUACCUGCCUCUCCUCCCUCCUCUUUCCACCCUCCUCCUCUCUACCCUUUUUCUCCUCUCUACCUGCCUCUCCUCCCUCCUCUCUCCACCCUCCUCCUCUCUACCCCUUUUCUCCUCUACCCCUUUUCUCCUCUCUACCCCUUUUCUCCUCUCUACCCCUUUUCUCCUCCCUCCUCUCCCCUCUUCACCUCCCCUCUACCUGCCUCUUCUUCUCUACCUCUCUUCUCCUCCUCUCCCCCUCUCUAGCUCCCUCCUCCUCUCCUAACAGUCAUACAGGGCUAAUGUAAUAUGUCCUCAGGACGAUAAAGACUGAACUAAAUGCAGAAUGUCAAAACAACAAGGUCUAAUAUUGUGUGUGUAUAUAUAUAUAUAUACUAUUACAUUACUAUUACAUUAUUAUAUAUAUAUAUACACACUGUUACUGAACAUAGUCAAUGAGGAAGUGCUCCCCUGCACUACAGUUAUAUGACAACUUCCACUACGCUUCGCAAACAUUAUUGUGAUUUUAUAUACAUUCCCAAAUGGCACCCUAUUCCCUUUAUAGUGCACUACUUUCACUGUGGCCCAUAGGGCGCUGGUCCAAAGUAGUGCACUACUUUCACCAUGGCCUAUAGGGCGCUGGUCCAAAGUAGUGCACUACUUUCACCAUGGCCCAUAGGGCGCUGGUCCAAAGUAGUGCACUACUUUCACCGUGGCCCAUAGGGCGCUGGUCCAAAGUAGUGCACUACUUUCACCGUGGCCCAUAGGGCGCUGGUCCAAAGUAGUGCACUACUUUCACCAAGGCCCAUAGGGCGCUGGUCCAAAGUAGUGCACGACAAAAGGGAAUAGGGUGCCAUUUUGGGGACGUAUCCUUUUAUUACACGUAUAAAUGCCUGCUUGUAUAUCCAAACUCUACUGGCUCUUGAUUGGCUUAUAGAUUCUGUUGUGUUUAUGUAUAACGACACCGUAGACUAGAAUAUACUAUAAUAUAUAUGAAUAUACUUCCUCAUUCUUCUUUUGGCAUCCGGUCAGAAUGUUCUCUUUGUCUAACUGCUUUUCUACAGUAUUUCAUUAUCCUUAUAAAAGGUUAAACAGGCUACUGUUUGCCAGCCAGCAAGCUCUCAAUGUCUACAAAUAAGGUAUCAUUAAAAAAAAUAUAUAUAAUAAUAA